AACGUAAUAUAAUUUGUUGUGGUGAAACCGGCUUAGUCGGCACCGGUUGGACACACAUCGCAGAACGGACGCCCUUCGAUGGAGAACGGUAACACCACUGGAGGCAGUCGAAUACUGAUCCUUUCAACUGUUUCUGAGAUGGCAAUUGUAGAGGGGAGGGCAUGAGAAUUAUCCGCUCAACUGCAAAUACUUACAAGUGUUUUCAGCAGCAAGAGAUUCGCUGUGUACAUGAUCUUGACUCAGUUGAAUCAGAGCACAGCUGCUCAUUUCAAAUCCAGACUGUCAGCGUGUAGACUCUUUACUGCAGACGUUAAGGUCCAGGGACUAGAAGGACAGAGGGACGCGCACUCUGUAACUACCUGACAAAAUUAACAGACUACGUCUUGGUCGCUGUUAAGACUGGAAGAAACAUGUCAAAUGAAUCGAGAGGGAGAGCUCCCUCACGCAAAUACAGCGCCUCCCACUGGCGGAUGCAGAACAUCGCGCAGGAGUCGGUGGACAGCUCGGACGAGGAGUUUUUCGACGCCCGAGAUGUGCUGGAGGGGAAAAGUGCCAUGCUGCUGGGUAUGAGCCAGUGGAACUCCAACGACCUGGUAGAGCAGAUAGAGACCCUGGGCCACAUGGACCACUCUCAAGAGAACCUCUACCGCCUGGGGCGUCAGCGCUGCGUCCCUCAGAGCAGCAUUGAUGGCUUGGAAGACAUGGAGAAGAAGUGUAAGACCCAUGUGUUGCUCUUGGUGGUGCAUGGCGGGAACAUCUUGGACACGGCGGGCGGGGAUCCAGGCGCAAAGGCCGGCGACGCCGCCACGCUGGCGUCCGUCCUGGAGAAGGUGGCGGGGGCACACUUCCAGGCCGCGGCAGAGCAUGUGAUGAUCAAGCUGGUGCCCUGCCCUGCUGUGUGUGCAGAGGCCUUCUCCCUCGUCUCCAAUCUGAACCCGUACAGCUACGACGAGAGCUGCGUGUCCAGCAGCGUGGACCACCUCCCUCUGGCUGCCCUCCCCCUCCUCGCCAUCGCCUCACCGCACUACCAGGAUGCCGUGGCAACCGUCAUCGCCCGCGCCAACCAGGUGUACCACAGUUUCCUGCAGUCCCAGGACGGACAGGGCUUCUCCGGGCAGGUGUGCCUGAUGGGAGACUGUGUGGGGGGGGUGUUGUGUUUCGACGCCCUUUGUUUCAGCAGUCGCCAGAGACACAGCAGCCCUGACAACUGCAGCAGCAACAGCAACGACAGCCUCAAGGAUACCCCGGGGCUGCUGGGAGAAGCCAGCCCGGGCCUGGGCUCCAGCAAGAGGCUCAGCAAGAGCAACAUCGACAUUUCCGCCCCCAGCGAAGGACACACCCCCAGCGAAGGACACACCCCCAGCCGACAGCUGCUCAACAGGAAGCAAAGCGACUCGUACGACGGAGACACCUUUUCCACUGGCCAGCAUCACAGCUUCUUCAGCAGCCUAAUUAAGGAUGGGGUGGAGCUUCAUCCAGGCAGUAACCCCAGCCUGGUUCUGAACCCCGGCUGGUUCGACUUUGAAGUUUCCGAGUGUUUCCUCCUGGGCUGUCCCCUGGGGCUGGUGCUGGCCAUGAGGCGCACCGUGCUACCUGCUGUCCAGGCGAGUCACCUCAGGCCGUCCUGCUCCCAGAUCUUCAACCUGUUCUACCCCUCCGACCCGUCCGCCUCCAGGCUGGAGCCCCUGCUGCAGCCCCUCUUCCACAGGCUGCCCCCCUUCCCCGUGCCCCGCUACCAGCGCUAUCCCCUGGGGGACGGCCGCUCCACUCUCAUAGCCGAAGGGAUCCACAACCACCCAGACGUGUUCCUGGGGGUGGGGGGCCGUCCUGGGGAAACAGCGGGGAAGUCCCCCCCUGAGGCAGAUGGCGGUGGCAAAGCUGGAGGAGGAAGAGGUGAAGAAGGAGGAGGGCCAGGGCGCAGGGCCAGUGUAACCAGCGUGGACAGCGAGGCGUCCGGCUGUUCCAUUGGCCGGCUGGCCAACACCAUCACCAACAUCUCCAGCAGCUGGUGGGGAUCCAAGCGUCUGGACUAUGCUCUGUACUGCCCUGAUGUCCUGACCUCCUUUCCCACGGUGGCUCUGCCUCACCUCUUCCACACCUCCUACUGGGAGUCCACUGACGUACUCUGUCUCCCUCUCUCUCUCUUUCUCUCUCUCUCUCUCUCUCGCUCUCUCUCUCUCUCUCUCUCUCUCUCUCUCUCUCUCUCUCUCUCUCUCUCUCUCUCUCUCUCUCUCUCUCUCUCUGUGUAGAACGUCACCAGCAACCACCGGGUGAAUGAUGUCAUCUCCACGGAGGAGGGACUUCAGACCCUGGUUGGUCGCUUCAUGUACGGCCCCCUGGACAUGGUGACUCUGACUGGAGAGAAGGUGGACAUCUUCCUGAUGACUCAGCCCCAGUCCGGCCGCUGGGUCCACUUUGACACGGAGGUGACCAACAGCAGUGGCAGGAUCGCCUACACCAUCCCCAAGGGCAAGAAGCUGGCCCUGGGGGUCUACCCUAUCAAGAUGGUGGUCAAGGGGGAUCAGACGAGUGCUGAGGCCUACUUCACAGUGCUGCCCCGGGGGAUGGAGUGUGUGGUGUUCAGCAUCGAUGGCUCCUUCGCCGCCAGCGUCUCCAUCAUGGGGAGCGACCCGAAGGUCAGGCCUGGAGCUGUGGAUGUCGUCAGACACUGGCAGGAUCUGGGCUACCUGAUCAUCUAUAUAACAGGCCGUCCAGACAUGCAGAAACAGCGUGUGGUGUCCUGGCUGUCCCAGCACAACUUCCCUCAGGGCAUGAUCUUCUUCUCUGAGGGCCUUGUCCACGACCCUCUGCGCCAGAAGACCAUCUUCCUGAGGAACCUAGUUCAAGAUUGUCACAUAAAGAUCAGCUCCGCCUAUGGCUCAAUGAAGGACAUCUCAGUGUAUAACAUGCUGGGCCUGAGUCCCUCCCAGAUUUAUAUUGUGGGCAGGCCUUCCAAGAAGUACCAGAAUCAAUGUCAGUUCCUGAGCGAGGGCUAUGCGGUGCACCUGUCCUCUCUCCAGUUCGGCCACAGGGCCAGACCCAAGAAGAGCUCCUCAGUGCGCAUGGUUCUCAGGAAGGGCUCCUUCGGCCUGUCUGCCAAGCCCGACUUCCUGUGCAAGCGCACACACCUGCGGCGGACCAUGUCCGUCCAGCAGCCUGACCCGCCCUGCACACCCAACCCCAAGCCGGAACGCGCCCAGAGCCAGCCCGAGUCGGACAAGGACCAUGGGGGAGGAGGGGGAGGAGGAGUCAGCGGCCAUGGCGUGUGGGGUCGGGCCUCCAUGCUUCGUGGAGACACCACUCCCUGACAACCAGAGAGAGAGAGCGGGAGAGAGAUGGAGGGAGGACACAAGAGGAGGAGAGGGGGGGGGGGUCUCCGUGUCCAGGGCCAAGCGCUGCCCACUAUUGGAUCAGGGUUUUCCAUCUGCAUGGCUCUCUGCACUUCAGUGGCUGUAGACGCUAUCCAGUGGCGCAUAUCUAAAAUUAUCUGCAUGCCCGAAGCUUGAAACAGCCCCAGUUUUCUCCCAACGCUGUCUGCCCAAACUACACCUAAAGCUGCAAUUGUGACGCAAUUUCAGUGCUAAAAACACGCGUCAUCUUUUGCCUAGACAAUUGCACUUGGGUUGUUUGGAUGAACGUGGCGAAAGUGGAUGAUGAGGCGGGACUCUCGCCCCUGUGUCAUCCGCUCCCGCCGAGCAGAGGAACAGACGGAGAGAACCUGAGGGAACCUGAGGAACCCUUGGGAGGAGCGUUCCCAUGGCAACUCUCUCCACCGGUCUGCUGCGUUGGCAGGUGGCGAUCAUGGCUCCUGCCAUAACCCUGCAUGUAAAUCCUAGCCACUCUUAGUCCCAUCUCAGGAGCCUGGACUCUGGAGAGCGGGGUCCCCUCGGUUCAAACUGCCAACAUUAACCUUGUGUCCCCCAAGCCAAGUGACCCGACUCUUCCUCACCCCUCUCUCCCUUCUCCCCCUCUCUCCUCUCAGUCAGCCAGUCAUGCAGAACACAGCACCAGGCAGGGCCUGGGUGCGGCUUCACAGCCAGUCAACCGACAAAGCGUGUACAGUCUUACCUGCAGGGCGGGUGCUUCUGCUCUCUCCAGACAACCUUGCGCCCCACAUCCCCUGGACUGGCUGGUGGAUACACGCUGUCUCUAGCUAGACACUAUCUACUAGGUGCAGUGUCUACUCGGUGUCCCUAGCCAGGCUGGUGUCUGGUCGUGUCCCUUGCUAGGUGUGUCUGCUCUGUGUGGCAGGUUCUUCUGCUCUGUGGAAUGUGAUGCGUCCGGAAGUCAGACACACAGAGGGGGGUCUUCAUGCUGCCGUGUUGAUUAAGUAGUGAUUUUGUUGCUGCCAGUCUCCUGAGUUCAUCAGUACUUUGGUAGCUGUGCUUUGUAAAUCUCUUAAGUAUAGAGGACGGCCAGAUUUGUUUACAGGAGGUCGAUUUAAAAAACUCAGCCAGCAGCAGCUCAAAAUUAUGGCUUUCUUACCAGUUGUUAUGGUUACUGUACAUACAUAUGGUAUACGGUAUUACUGUAGUUUUUAGCUUGAUUAACAACAGUAGUUUGCAAUACAUCUCAACUAUUCUGUCGUGUCAAACACAAGAAUACUCGAGGAUCAAUUUAAGGAGGUCGGUUGUAUGGAAAUCGGACUCAUUUGUAGAGCAAACAUGUCAUAAAAGACACUGUACAUUACAACCCCUCGUUCUGUUAAACUGACAUCUUUUUCUACCUGGUCAUACUGUAUGUACAAAUGUAUAGUAAAUAUUUGAAGUUGUUUUAAACUUUGGUGUUAAACUUGUCAAAGUUGUUUAUUUUGCCUUAAAUUGUAUUUUGUUAUUGUGUAGGAUUAUAAAUAUAAUGAGAUAUUACCCUGUUUGCUUGACCAAAAUGUGAGUUUUAUAUUGAAGGGAAAGUAUCUAAUUGCGUCUUCGUGUGUUUGGGGUGCUUAUGGUUUGUGUGCAUGUGUGUGUGUGUGUGUGUGUGUAUGUGUGUGUGUGAGUACAGUAUGUUGUAAAUAUGUAUUUCGAUGUAUUUGUACUUGUGGUGAAAAUACCUACUUUACUGUGUAGUACAACCAGAUUAUGACAAUUAAAAUUGAUGAUACUGGAAGCAGUUAAACUUUGGCUAUUCUCUGCUCAGCCUUUAUAUCUUCACCUAAAUGCAGUCUGUUGAGGAGAAUAGAUUAUUUUUAUAUGUUUGGUGUUCAGGCAGUUUGUCCACCAAUAACAUUGGUUAUGUUUUUAUAACUGCUUUGGAAGACCGAAGGAUUCAGAGAUUGGAAGGCCUCAAGGUUAACCGUAAAACCCGUUUGUGAGGGAAGAAUUCUCUCUGCUUGUCUCAAUCAGAUGCUUAGAGAGAGAUUUACAAUUUUUCAUUCCCAAAACUCUUGAGAGGCUGUGGCUAAACUUCACAGUUGUUGUGGCAUUGUAGAAUUCUCUGGGUCCCCAGCACCAUAGCAAAAGCAUUAUUUGUCAAUGGGCUUUGAAAGAAUGUAGCAAAGUAAAAAACAUUAUAUCAUAUUUAACAAACACUGUAGAUAAACCAAUACUUGAAUUGUGAAGACUGUAAAUGGUGAUUUUAUUUGAUUGUACUUUUUUGUUUUUUCCUCCGUAAUGAAAUGACCAUACCUAGAAGUAGAAUUGGAUACACAAAUAUUUAUGAUCAUUUGUGAUUUAAAUGGGCUCAUUGCAAUUAAUGACAUAGUUUACCUGCUACAAACUGUAAGUGUUGUGUGUUUAUUUACAGUCAAGUGUUUAACUACUUGUCUGGCUGAGUGCACUGCUGCAAAAAUUGGACUUUUACUGAGAUAUUAAUGUAAACAUACAAUGUGUUUGUAUGACAUUGUUUACUGUAACUGUGGUAUCGGACUACAUCUGUAAAUAAAA